AUGCCUGUCACCACCGCAACUAUGGACAAAGACGACAGUGCCGCUGCUGUUAGGGCAAGAAUUCUUCUCUCGGAUUUUCUGCACAGCUUGAAACUCAAGUACCUCAAGUUAGGUUAUCCUUACUUAAUCUCAAAUCUCUUAACCCUAUCUUUAAUUCCCUUAAUAAUAUCCACUUUUAUCCAAAUCUACCAAACUCAAAACCUCAACAAACUAUGGAUUGUUGAAUGCAACUACAAUCUCACUUUCGUCGGUUUCACACUCUUUGCUUUCAUUUUCCAUAUUCACACGCGCCCACGCGCCGUCUACCUUAUAGACUUCUCUUGUUUCCGUCCCGCAGAUAACCUUAAAGCUCCGUUCCACAGCUUCAUCCAACAUUCUCAUCUCACCGGCGACUUCGAUGACUCCUCUCUAGAUUUCCAGCGCAAGAUUCUUCUUCGAUCUGGCCUCGGCGACGAAACCUACGUUCCCGAAGCCAUGCAUUGCAUUCCUCCCCGCCCUUCGAUCUUUGCGGCAAGAUGUGAAGCAGAAUCCGUCAUGUUUGGUGCCUUGGAUAAUCUCUUCAAUAAUACAAACCUUAAUCCAAAAGAAAUUGGAAUUCUCGUUGUGAAUUGUAGUUUGUUUAACCCUAUACCUUCACUUUCUUCAAUGAUUGUGAAUAAAUAUAACCUCAGAAGGAACAUUAUGAGUUUCAAUUUAGCUGGAAUGGGUUGUAGUGCGGGUGUUAUAGCUACUGAUCUUGCAAGAGAUUUGUUGAUGGUUCAAAAGAAUGAUACUUAUGCUGUUGUUGUUAGCACUGAAAAUAUUACUCAGAAUUGGUACUUUGGGAAUAAAAAAUCAAUGCUUAUACCUAAUUGUUUGUUUAGAGUUGAUUGUUCCGCUGUUUUGCUAUCCAAUAAAUCUCUUGAUAGCACGAGGGCUAAGUAUAAGCUUGUUCAUGUUGUGAGGACGCAUUGCGGUGCAGACGAUAAGGCCUACCAAUGUGUUCAUCAGGAAGAAGAUGCGGUGGGGAAAACUGGUGUUUCGUUGUCGAAAGAUUUGAUGGGAAUUGCUGGUUUGGCAUUAAAAUCCAAUAUUACUACAUUUGGUCCUUUGGUGCUUCCAGUUACCGAGCAGCUUAAGAUUUUAUCUAAUUUGGUUUUUAGGAAGUUUUCUAAUAGAGAUGUGAAGCCUUAUAUACCAGAUUUCAAACUCGCCUUCGAUCAUUUCUGCAUACAUGCUGGUGGAAGGGCUGUGAUUGAUGAGUUGGAGAAGAAUCUUGAGUUGCUUCCGGUACACGUGGAGCCUUCUAGGAUGACGCUUCAUCGGUUCGGGAACACUUCCUCGAGCUCUAUUUGGUAUGAGUUGGCGUAUAUUGAAGCUAAAGGGAGGGUUAAGAAGGGUAACAAAGUUUGGCAAAUUGCAUUUGGAAGUGGUUUUAAGUGUAAUAGUGUUGUUUGGGAGGCGAUUCAUGACGUGACGCCUUCUCCUAAUGGACCAUGGGAAGAUUGCAUUGAUAAGUAUCCUGUGGAAAUACUCGCAUAG